AUGGUCCCAAAGAAGCAGACGAAGGCUGCAAAGCGGCGUAGCGCACAGAAUCAGAAGCGUGAGAUAGAGCCAGAGGUGAGGCAGGACUCACUGGCUCGCAACAUGCUGGCUUCACAGCCAAAGCUGACGCCAAAGAGCGAGAAGAGACACGUUAAAAAGAGCCAGCUCAAGAAAGAGCUCCGAAUCGCCAAGUUAUACGGGAAAAAGAAGGAAAAGGUGUACGACGAAAAGGAGCUAGACAUUCCUGUGCUAAACAAGGCGAUCCAGCCGGGGGUUUUGAAGAAGAGAGGCAAGAAGGGCAAGAAGUUUGUCGCUGACAACGACUCCAUCACUCUCAACAGACUGAUUCGCCAGAUCAACGACGAGAAAGACCUUGAGACUGAGUCGAAGCUCGAGAAGGCCAAGAGGCUCGAGGAGAUAAGGGAGCUGAGAAGACAGGAGAUGGAGCGCAAGGAACAGGAGAAAAAGAUGAAGGUGGAGGACAAGAAGGAGGAGAUCAAGCUCAAAGCAGCCACGGCGCGGUCUAUCAGACGCAAGAACGCCAAGUUGGCCAAGAAGGAGAUUCUCAAGCCGGACAGCAAGAAGAGCGUUUCAUUUGCAUGA